AUGGCGUUUUUCGUCCGAAGGAAACAGUUACGACGAAGAGAUUAUUAUGAUGAUGGUGUUGUGGGUUUUGUCGAUGACGAUGCGUAUUUAUACGAGAGGAGCAGGAGGAAAAGCGAUGGAGGAAGAAACAGAGUUUAUAACGACGACGACGCUGAGUUGUUGAAUGCGGAAACGAAGAAGCGCGAUGAUGAUGAUGAUGAUGAUGCGCACGUUCGCGUUUCGUUUCCAAAACCAUCGACACCAUCACCUCCUCUUCCUCCCAAAGCGCCUCCUCAAAUGCGGAUUAGCCCCGAGUGCGAUGGUUUGCACUCGUCGACGAUCCAACCGCACACGGAAUACGCCGGCGACGUCGUUCACUGGGGCGACACGAACGAUCAACCGAACGUGGAAUUGUGCUGCAUGCAGUGCAAGAUGACGAAGAUGUGCAACGUGUUUGUGUUCAAUCCGGAGACGAAAAAAUGCUGGUUGAAGAAACAGAAAGAGUUGUACGAAAACGUGGAGCCGGGGACGAUGGCGAAAGGGGAUAACGUCGCGUGGACGAGCGGGACGAUUGGGCCGUACAGGAAAAGGGAGGUUGGGACGGAUGGGGUGAUGAAAAUGCAGGACGUUGUAGAGAGCGAGAAGACGAAAGUAGUGGACGUUAGAAGAAAAGAGCCGAAGUUACCGGUUGGGCAAGAGACGAGGACGAGAGAGUGCGGGUCGCCAGCUGUAGAUGGGUACGCGCACGUCGAGCCUCCGUGUCUGGUGAAUUCAAUCACGAAUAAAGAAUUCGAUAGCACGGAAACGAGUAGAUUAGAACAAAUCGCGUGGAUUGAAAAACACGCCUCGUACGACGGAUUAGCCGUGAGAUGGGGAAUCGGGCACAAAGCGGCCACGGCGGAGCAGUGCGCGCAAAAGUGCCGAGAACACGUUCCAGGGAGAGGUGGUGGCCCGUUCAACGAUCUCCCGUGCAACGCAUUUGUCUGGUGCGACAUAGCCAACGACAUUUGUUUCGAACCCGACGCGCACGUGCACACGGCUGGCGACUGUUGGUUAAAAUUCACCGAAGUUCCCGAACGCGUCGAAAUCAACCAAAGAGGCGCGAACGACGAUCCUUUCGAUGGGUUUCUGAACGAGAACAAGUUGACGUAUAAAAUGCGACACGUGAAAGCGCCGGACAAAGUGCACUGGACCAGUGGCGUUUUGUUACCGAAAGGUUGGAUCCCGUCCAACGGUACUUUAGGACCUCGAGCGAAAUGGUGA